UUCAGCAUCGCCUUCCAGUUCAACACAAUUCGAUCCCAAGCCAGCCACAAUGAAGAUCUUCAUCGCUGUCUUCACCCUGAUGGCCGUUGUGGCUGCCCAGGAGUUCUACACCUCAAAGUUCGACAACAUCGACGUGGAUGAGAUCCUGAAGUCGGAUCGGUUGUUCAAGAACUACUACCAGUGCCUGUUAGAUCAGGGUCGUUGUACACCGGAAGGUAACGAGCUGAAGCGCGUCUUGCCGGAUGCCCUGGAGACAGCCUGCUCCAAGUGUAGCGAGAAGCAACGCAGCGCUGGAGUUCGUGCCGUAAAGUACUUGAGUGAGAAUCGUCCGGCUGAGUUCAAGGCACUGAGGGCUCGAUUUGAUCCUGAGAAUAAGUACGUUGAUCAGUAUGUUCGGGACGCAGAGAAGGAAGGCAUUACGUUGAAUAUUUCAUAACUGGCCAGUGUUACGAAAAUGUGUUACUUGACAAUGGAAAAUAACUUGAUCCGUAUUACUAUUGAAUAUUGAAGUUAAAUAAAUUUAUGUUGAUAAUCUAAAUGUAAA